UAUAAAAUGACAUGUAAAAAUAUUUUAUUUAUCAGUUGCAGUACAGUUUUUCAAGAAUAAUAAACAGCUAUCCUGGUUUUACAAUGGUAUUCAAGUUAAUCGUUCUUUGUAGUCUUUUGGCUUACGCCACUGCUGGAGUAAUUGAAGCGCCUUUAGCACCAGGCGCGCUGGCUUAUAGUGCCCCUGCGGCAUUCGCAUAUUCUCCACCAGCAUUAGCAGCAGCGCCGAUUCAAUAUACAGCACCUGCAUUAACAUCUCAGUCAUCAAACAUAUAUCGCAGUUUCGGGAACUUGGGACAAAUUUCAACUUAUUCCAAAUCUAUUGACACGCCAUUUUCAAGUGUGAGGAAAGCAGACGUUAGAGUAUCAAAUCCAGGUUUACGAAUUGCUACUGCCGAACACAUCGCACAACCUCUUCUUGGAGUCGCUUAUUCAGCUGCACCAGCUGUUUCACAUGUCAAUUUCGUUACCGGUUAUACCCAUUAUGAUUUUUAAUAAUUUAUUUCAAUUACAAACUUUAUUUAUAUUCCAAGAUAAAUAAAAAAUAUUCUUGAAA